GCUUCACUGGGGCAGUCUCCACAUAUCAUGGGGAGAUAGACGCUGCUGCCUUUGUUUGGCCUUGGUCCUCACAGCUCCAAAAAGAAACAGGAUCUCGAUAAGCUCUAUGAGCUGAAGUCCAAAGCUCGGCAGAUUAUGAACCAGUUUGGCCCCUCAGCCCUAAUCAACCUCUCCAAUUUCUCAUCCAUAAAACUGGAACCAGCCAGCACCCCUCCACAAGGCUCCAUGGCCAAUAGCACUACAGUGGUAAAGGUACCAGGCACUCCUGGGACAGGAGGGCGUCUCAGCCCUGAGAACAAUCAGGUAUUGACCAAGAAGAAAUUACAAGACUUAGUAAGAGAAGUGGAUCCUAAUGAGCAAUUGGAUGAAGAUGUGGAGGAGAUGCUGCUGCAGAUUGCUGAUGAUUUUAUCGAGAGUGUGGUGACAGCAGCCUGCCAGCUUGCUCGGCAUCGCAAGUCCAGCACCCUGGAGGUGAAAGAUGUCCAGCUGCAUCUAGAACGCCAGAGGAACAUGUGGAUCCCGGGAUUUGGCUCUGAAGAAACCCGACCCUACAAAAAGGCUUGCACCACAGAGGCCCACAAACAGAGAAUGGCAUUGAUCCGGAAAACAACCAAGAAAUAACACACGGAGAGGUCAGGGGAUGGACAACAGUGUAUUUGGAGAUACUUGAGCUGAGACCUCAGCCAUCUCAUCCUUGGAUUUUUUUUUAAUGCUUUACAGAGAAGCAUAGAUUUUUUAUUAACAGUGCAGCAAUAUCUAUAAUGACUGAGAGGAUCUGCCAAAAGAAUAAAGCCUCCUACCCCAA